AUGGAAAUAUUGGUGAGAAUGUCAAGCAUUGUAGUGUUCUUGUUCGUGUUUGGUGCUGUGUUAUUGCUUUUAAGCUCAAGUUCCGUUCAUGGGCUGCGAUAUGGACCCGCGGAGAGAAUCACUAAUGGUACUGAUCAAUCUCCCGUUUUUGGAUCCGAAAAAACGUUUGCAAAUGCACAAAACAAAGCACGAAAAGUGCAAGAACGUGAUGUAGAAGGAGGAGGUUGCGGAAGCUGUAGAGGAAAAGAAAGAGACUGCGGUGGUUGCAACGGUGGAGAUGGAAGUCCGGGAGAUGGCGGAAGAGGAGGUCGUGGAGGUAGAGGUGGAGGAGGAGGAGGCGGCCGCGGAGGGGGAAGAGGAAGUGGAAAAGGAGAUGGAAAAGGGGACGGAGACGGUAGUGGUGGAAAUGAAGAUUGCAAUGACCAUAAAAAGAAGAAAAGAGAUGAUAGGAAUGACGACAAUGUUGGUGUUGGUAUUGGUAUUGGCAUUGGCGUAGGAGAUGGCCCUAGCAGUGGACCCGGAGGACCGGGAGGAGGUGGAGGUGGUGGUGGUGGUGGUGGCGGCGGUGGCAAUGGAGGUGGUGGUGGUGGUGGUGGUGGAGGUGGAGGAGGUGGUGGCGGAGGUGUUGGAGAUGACUCUGACCGCGGAUGGAGCGGUGGAUAUGGUGGGGGAGGCGGAGGAGGAGGCGGAGGCGGAGGAGGAUGGGGUUGGGGAGGUGACGGUGGAGUAUGGGGUUCCGGAAACAGCGGUGGUUGUUGGUUUCCCGGUUGUAAUAAAAAGUCAACGAAUGGUCAAAACUAA